GGUAAUCUAAUUUCUGUAGCUUCCAACAAUUGGGCCAUGUUAGAUGAAGGGGCUGGUCCUAGUAGACCUAGAAGUAAUGCAAAUAGCACUACUGAGACCGCUUCUGCUCCUGUUACGGGUCCUAUCGGUCCAGGAGGAGAUGCUCCGGGAAACACUAAUUCUUCUGACAUUCCUGAUUGGGUAGAUCCUUCAUUUUUGGCAGCAUUGCCAGAUGAAAUGAGAGCUGAAGUAUUAGCUGAGCAAAUGAGAUUACAAAGAAUUCGCGUACGAGCUCAAACAAUGACCACAGAAACCAGCCCUGUGGGUUUGGCUGAAGUAAAUCCAGAAUUUUUAGCAGCUCUGCCACCAGCUAUACAAGAAGAAGUUUUAGCACAGCAAAGGAUAGAGCAGCAAAGGCAAGCUGCAGCUACAGCAAAUCCUAAUGAUCCUGUAGAUGCUGCUGCUUUCUUCCAAAAUCUGCAACCUUCGCUUAGACAGGCUAUUUUGACUGACAUGGAGGAGUCACAAAUAUCUGUACUUCCACCUGAAUUGGCAGCAGAAGCACAAAAUUUACGAAGGGAUUGGGAAAGUCGAAAUAGACAAUUGAUGCAAGAAAGAUUUCUUAAUCAAAUUGGGCAUUCGACUACUACACUUUCCUCAAUACUUCGCAGCAGAGGUAUCAUGGGUAAUCAAAUGAACAACCCUCAUGAACGGCAAGGAACCACAUGGUUGGCAUGGAAUCGUCCAGACGGAAAUACUUCUCAUUCCUCAACAGCUCUAUCUGUUAAUAUGAAUAUAGAAAGGACUGGAAGACCACUUCUAGAUCAUGAGUCCUUAACAUGCUUACUGGUUCUUUUAUUUAUAGAUGAACCUAAAUUUAAUACUUUAAGAUUACAUCGUGUUAUACGCAACCUAUGCUCACAUGUUCCAACCAGAGAAUGGGUUAUCAAAUCAUUGCUGUCAAUUAUAGAAAAGAGUAACGAAAGUAAUGAUCCAUUUCCGGUUAGGUCCAUAAAUUCUGUGGAACGACCGCAAUGGUUGAAUAUUAGUCUGGAUGCAGCUUUGGGUUGCAGGGCAAAUGUAUUUUUAAUGAAGCGACUCAUCACUCGAAGGAAUAAAUCUUCAUCACCCAUAGCAAUUCAUCCCCAGGCUGCAUCUGUGGUCUGCAAACAUACUUUAGAGUUAUUGAUAUCGUUGGCAAAAAGUUUCCCAGGCUACUUCUUACCAAAUGAUUUCAAACCUCCAAGUAAAGAAAAAAUACCAAACAAAGAAUCGCAAGAGUCUGGUUCUACUAAAACUUCCAAUGACUUCUGGGAUAUACUCAUUAGAUUGGAUUCUAGUUCAUCCUCUAGAAAAGGAAAAGGUGUUCUCCGUAUGCCUAAAGAUUUUACUGAAUCUGUAAAUACCAGCAGAAACUUUGAAACUUCACCAUUCGGGCAAUUAGUGUCAAUGCUCUCAUUUAAUGUUAUCAAGAGAAGUUCCCAAUUGACAGAUAAGUUACUGCGGCUGUUAUCUUUAAUUUCAAGCGAUCUACCAGUAACACAUUCCUGUUCAAGUGGAGUGGAGAAUUCUGAUGAAUCACCUGAAUUUGUACCUGAUUCUCCUGAACAUUUACAGUUAGCUAUUCAAGUGCUAACUUCCAAAAGCUGUUCUGAGGAUGGGUUGGAAGAUGCCACUGCUUUGUUAUUAAAUCUUUCGCACUACUCUGCGAGAACGAGAAAAAUGAUAUUACGCUUAUUGCUUAAAGGAGCAAUUGAUUUAUCUGUGAUGGUGCAAACUCAUAUUAGUAAUUUAGUAAAGGAGCUGAAGACUAUGAAUAAUGUUAAGAAAGAUAUAAAUAAAGAUGAGAACGUGGGCGACAACUUAAAGGCAUCUAAAGGAAUUUUGAAAGAUAGAUUUACAAAUGAUGCAGUCAUUGUUGCAGCUUCAUCAAAAACCAAAGCAACUUGUGAUUUACAACUUCCUUCAAUGGCACCGCUUAUAUCAAAGACAUCAAGUCAAGCCUUCUUCUUACGAAUUCUAAAGGUUAUUGUUCAAAUUAAGGAAGUUGAAGAUUCUAAAUUGGAAUUUGAGAGGCCAGAAGUAGAAGAAAAUGUCUCGAUGGCUACUGCUGAUAUUGAAGAUGGAGCUUCUGGUGAACCGCAAAAUAAUCCUAACAGUGAAGCAACAAAUGCAAUGGAUACUAGUGCUGAUGCUAUGUCAAAUAAAAAUAACAUAUACACUCCUACUUUCACUUUGUUGAGUGAAGCUUUGAAUUUGGAUAGUCUUUGGAACACUCUUAGUCAGUGCCUGUUUGAAUUGGAGGAAACUCCUGAUCAUCAUGCAGUCUUAGUAUUACAACCAGCUGUGGAAGCCUUUUUCCUUGUUCAUUCAGCUUCACGAAAUAAGAGAAAUCCUCAUAUUCAGGAGCAACCAAUCUCUAAUAAUGUCAGUUCUAGAGAAGUUCAAGAGGGUGGAAGUAAUAAUGCUUCUAGUAACCGAAUCAGUGGCUCUGUUUCUCCUUCUCCUCCUAUAGACAAUAAUGAUGUAGCACCUUUAUCACCUUUGGAUGGCGCAUCUCAUGGAACAGAAGGCGCAAAUAACACUGUCGUGCAACGAACUGAAAACAAACCAUCUGUCAGCAGUUUACACACUGAUCAAAAGAAGUUUUUGGCUUUUGCAGAAACUCACAGGACAGUUUUAAAUCAAAUUCUGCGUCAAACAACUACUCACUUGGCUGACGGUCCAUUCUCAGUAUUAGUGGAUCACACGCGAGUAUUGGACUUUGAUGUUAAAAGACGAUACUUCAGGACAGAAUUAGAGAGGUUAGAUGAAGGUGUUCGACGCGAGGAACUAGCUGUGCAUGUGCGCAGAAGUCAUAUAUUUGAGGAUUCGUUCAGGGAAUUGUAUAGGAGAAACUCUGAGGAAUGGAAAAAUAGAUUCUAUAUUGUCUUUGAAGAUGAAGAGGGGCAAGAUGCAGGUGGCUUACUAAGAGAAUGGUAUGUCAUAAUUUCCAGGGAUAUUUUCAACCCAAUGUACGCAUUGUUCACUGUAUCACCAGGAGACAGGGUGACUUACAUGAUUAAUUCAUCAAGUCAUUGUAAUCCCAAUCACUUGUGUUACUAUAAGUUUGUAGGAAGAGUUAUAGCCAAGGCAAUUUAUGAUAACAAAUUACUUGAAUGUUACUUCACGAGGUCAUUCUAUAAGCAUAUUCUUGGCAUACAAGUGAAGCAUACUGAUAUGGAAAGCGAGGACUACAGUUUUUACCAAGGCUUGGUAUAUUUAACUGAACAUAAUGUUUCUGACUUGGGUUAUGAUCUAACAUUCAGUGCUGAAGUUCAAGAAUUCGGUGUUACUGAUAUAAGAGAUUUAAUUCCUAAUGGCAGAAAUAUACCUGUCACCGAGCAAAAUAAACAUGAGUAUAUUAGAAGGGUGUGUCAAAUGAAAAUGUGCGGUGCUAUAAGGCAACAAUUAAAUGCCUUCUUAGAAGGGUUCUACGACAUCAUUCCUAAACGGUUGAUAUCUAUUUUCAAUGAGCAAGAACUAGAGCUACUGAUAUCCGGUUUACCAAAUGUUGAUAUUGAGGACUUGAAGGCAAACACAGAAUAUCAUAAAUACCAGACAACAUCGAUACAGAUUCAGUGGUUCUGGAGAUCUCUGCGCUCUUUUGAUCAGGCUGAUAGAGCCAAGUUUUUGCAGUUUGUAACUGGCACUUCUAAAGUUCCGUUACAAGGUUUUGCUGCUUUAGAAGGCAUGAACGGUGUGCAGAAAUUCCAAAUCCAUAGAGAUGAUCGUUCAACUGACAGGUUACCUUCUGCACAUACAUGCUUUAAUCAACUAGAUUUGCCUGUAUAUGAAACAUAUGAUAAGCUGCGAUCCUAUCUACUAAAAGCAGUACACGAAUGUUCUGAAGGUUUUGGAUUUGCCUAAAUUCUCAGAGUAAUGAUGUAGAUAACAAUGGAAUAAAUAUAUAACUGAAUUAAAUAAUAAGAGCUGAUUACAUUGCUCAUCAUAACUAAUAAAUUAUUUUGUUUAUACUAGAUUUUUGUAUAUUUUAAGACU